AUGUCGCUGAUGCUGAUGGUGACGAAGCUGCUGCUGCUCGUCAUUCCCAGUCCUCAGACAGGUUGUGCAGCAGUCAUGAAGACCUACCACAUGUACCAUGCGGAGAGCAUCAGCGCGGAAAGCAAGCUGAAGGAGGCCGAGAAGCAGGAGGAGAAGCAGUUCAACAAGUCGGGGGACCUCAGCAUGAACCUGCUCCGGCACGAGGACCGGCCCCAGCGCCGUAGCUCCGUGAAGAAGAUCGAGAAGAUGAAGGAGAAGAGGCAGGCAAAGUAUUCUGAGAACAAGCUGAAAUGCACCAAGGCCCGGAACGACUACUUGCUGAAUCUGGCAGCCACCAACGCAGCUAUAAGCAAAUACUACAUCCACGAUGUCUCCGACCUCAUCGACUGCUGUGAUUUGGGCUUCCAUGCCAGCCUGGCCCGCACCUUCCGGACCUACCUCUCGGCCGAGUACAACCUGGAGACCUCUCGCCACGAGGGGCUGGACGUCAUUGAGAACGCGGUGGACAACCUGGAUUCCCGAAGUGACAAGCACACAGUCAUGGACAUGUGCAACCAGGUCUUCUGUCCCCCCCUCAAGUUUGAGUUCCAGCCCCACAUGGGGGACGAGGUGUGCCAGGUCAGUGCUCAGCAGCCCGUCCAGACAGAACUGCUCAUGCGGUACCACCAGCUGCAGUCCAGACUGGCCACUCUCAAGAUCGAGAACGAGGAGGUUAGAAAAACCCUGGACGCCACCAUGCAGACCUUGCAGGACAUGCUGACUGUGGAGGACUUCGACGUCUCCGACGCCUUCCAACACAGCCGGUCCACGGAGUCUGUGAAGUCAGCCGCCUCCGAGACCUACAUGAGCAAGAUCAACAUCGCCAAGAGGAGAGCCAACCAGCAGGAGACAGAAAUGUUUUAUUUUACAAAAUUUAAAGAGUAUGUGAACGGCAGUAACCUCAUCACUAAGCUACAGGCCAAGCAUGACUUACUCAAGCAGACUCUGGGCGAAGGUGAGUCAGGUGGCAGAGGCCGGCAAGGGGGCUGUCUUCCCCGCUGGGUUGUGUUGUGGCCCCUUGAGCUGUUUCACAUGGAGAUCCCGGGCACUUGGUGGAAUGAGGCCGGGUCCUGGAGCCACCUACCGGGAUGAGCAGUCUGGGAAAAUAGCUCUGGUACAGAUGCUGAGGGGGUCCAGUCUGGCUGCAGAAACCAUGCGGCAAACACAAGUCUUAGUCUGGGCUGUGGAGGAGGGUCCCAGAUAAAGUGAUGAGGGUCCCCAGUAGGUAGGGGGUGGGAUUCAGGGAACAGGCAUCUGCACUGUUGCUUUUUAGCAGAUUCUGUUUGCCAGGAGUACUACUGGAGUGCCUGGCCAGGAUUCUAGGUCCAAGAGGAAAAAUGCAUAUGUGUAAAGCAGAGUUUGGUCCUUGGGAGACCUGGGGACUAGGCUUAAAGCUCUCCAAAGUCUUCCAACGAUGGGUGGGAUAAAAUCCCAACUGCUCCCAUGGCACACGGGGCCCAAGGUCACUUGACCUCCGCCUGCCUCCCUGACCUCAUCUACCGAUCCUCCACUUCCCUACUGUACUCCAGUGGCACUGAGCUCCUUUCUGCACAUCAGAGCUCAUCUGAGAAACGAAAUUGAGAUAUUUGUAGCGAGGUGGAUGGACCUAGAGUCUGUCAUACAGAGUGAAGGAAGUCAGAAAGAGAAAAACAAAUACCGUAUGCUA